AGUUGUGCAGACCCACUAAGAAAAGAAACAUGGAGGCAGAAUUGAAGAACGUACUGUUCAGAGUUGGAGACCGGAUCAAAGUUCAAGGGAAGAUCCAUACUGAGGCUAAAAGGUUUCAAAUUGACCUGGGUACCAGUGCCACUGAUCUAGCUCUUCACUUUAACCCUCGUUUCCAUGAGAAUGAUACCAACACGGCAGUGCUGGUGUUUAACUCACUGAGUGAUGGAAUCUGGAACAAGGAGCAAAGAGACACACCCAAUCCAUUUCAACCAGGCUCCACUUUUAAGGUUGUAGUAAAGCACACAGGAGGUCUGUUUGAGGUUAUGCUACCUGAUGGGCAGAUGAUUACUUUUGAAAACCGAGAGGACCUGGAAGUCAUUACUUAUAUUCGUAUCAAGGGUGACAUCAGCCUCACCUCAUUAAAAAUAAAAUGA